AUGAGCUCGCCGGCAGCAUCGACUCUGCGUCACACAUGUCGCCACGUGAGUCGCCUGCCCGAGUCGUGGAUACCUCGCGUUGUUGACUGCUGAUCGCCUGGAACGGACCCCUCGGCUGGUGAUCCAUCUCCGCGAUGUACCAGUACCCGCAUCGGGACGCGGCCAUCCUGCAGGUGCUGGCGACGUUGGAUCACUUCAGGGGCAGCCUCUACCACGAGUUGAACGACUUCAGUGAGUGUGCCUUGAUGGUGUGGUGUGAUGUGACCCCCACGAGUCGCACACGCGCUCUCGCCCUCCCUGUUCCCCCCCCCACUUGCACUCGCAGCGCGCCUCGCCACUCACCAGCGCAAUCGGUCACGCAUAGCCUACCCCGUGCUGACCCCAACUCUUUUCAACAGCUUACGACGAUGGAAGGGUCGAACUGUUGCUGUCCAUCACGGGCGUGAUCCCCGUCCCGAUCCAACGCGCGACGUACCAAUGCCCCAUCACCUUCUGGCUCCCGCUCGACUUUCCCAACAAGCCGCCGAUGGUCUUUGUGCUGCCUUCGAGCACGCUCAUCGUGCGCCCCGGACCCAACAUCGAACCGAGUGGCAAGGUCGUCGAAUCGGCCUAUCUCGAUAACUGGGCCAGGAAAGCAGAGGUGCGUCUGAGGCGUGCUUUGGCGAUCGCAGAGGGGGUCGGUUCGAGUCUGAACGUCGGUCGUUUCUGACCUACACGACCGUCACUCCCAGGGCUGUUCAUUGGUCGCGCUCGUCGUGGAGGAACUCAUUCCCAUGUUCUCGAGGAGAUACCCCGUCAUGGCUCGACCGGCGUCCAAGCCGAGCACCGAACCCAAAGCGCAAACUCGACCUUCUCCACCCCCUCCACCACCCCCACCCUCGACAAUGCCGUCCCAUUCCGGGGCACCACCUCGACCCCCCGCACCGCCGAUCAAACCAGCUUCCCCUUUCGGGAACCACCGAUCGUCACCCUCGCUGGCAUCGUCGGGCUUUGUCGCGAAUGGGGCCGAACAACAGGACGCCGCCUACGUCUCCGUCGGCUCCUCUUCUCCCCGAGGUCUCAGUGCACCACGGCCACCUCAACCACCGAUCACGCCGCUGCAUCCUACAGACCCCAGAUACCAGUCUCCUACUGUGCGUGCCUUCCUUUCUUCUUCCUGGGUAGAUGGCGACCAAUGAUCUCAACUGAGCCACCCUGCCUUGUCAUCUACAGCCCAAUCAUCCGCCUCCUCCCGUCUACCCGCUCCCGAACCAGAACCCCCAGCACGCUCGAUCAUCAAGCCUGGACCAGUCCUCCCCAGUCGCCGCAGCUCCAGUUCAACACCCACCUCAACCACCGUAUUCCGCACCGUUCCAACCGUUCCAACCUCCGCCGAAUCAACCCGUAGCUUCGUCUUCAGGAGCCCACCCUUCUCCACCGUAUUCUUCCUCCUCCCCCUCCCCCGCUAUAGGACAUUCGCACACAGUCAUCCCUCCUCAUUACUCGGGUCCCGGCCCGAACGGGGAAGGUGUCUACAACCCUUCGCUUCCAAGAGUAGCGCCGAUAUCUCACGGUGUGAAUGGGACGAAGGUCGUCUCGACCGGUCAAAGGAGUACGGGACCUUUGAGGCCGAGCGCCAAUUUUUUGGAUGACGACGACGACCCUUCAAGAGGUCCGGGAACGGGGACGACGUCGUACAUGAAAGGCGUGGCUUCGACCGCUGCUUCGGGUUCGGGAACAACGGCCGCCGCAGCUCCACCUCCACCUCGACCGACGAACCCGGCGCUCCUCGCCUUACGACAACAAUUACUCGACAAGCUCUCACACUCGCUGCACGCGCUCCAAAUUCAAACCCACGAAGAACUACAACAUCAAAACGUGCUGCGCGGCGAUCUCCUCAAGGGUGAACCGGCGAUGGUUGAUGAGAUGCAGAGGUUGCAAGUCGUCAAGACGGUGUGCGAGACCGUCGAAGGGAGGUACGCCAAGGUCGUUGAAGAAGCCGAGAAGAGGUUGGGCGAGUAUCAGAGCAAGGGGGAGGGGCCCGAAGUAGAUGAGAUUGUGUGCUCGAGUACGAUCGUUUAUAAACAGUACGUGUGCUCCAUACCUCCGAGCAUGAAAAAAGGGAACGGAGCCAAGAAUCGCUGACCAACCCUGUACCUUUUUUGCAUAGACUUUUGGACCUCAUCACCGAAGACGCGGCGUUGGAGGAUACGAUCUAUCACCUCGGACGCGGGCUCAACUCGGACGUGGCCAAGAUCGACCUCGACCAAUUCCUCAAGCGGGUCAGGUCCCUUGCGAGGGAUCAGUUCAUUCGCCGAGCCUUGAUCAACAAGAUCUUGCUUGGGCUCGCCAAUUGA